AUGAGGCUGCUUUUGUUAUGUGUGUUCGCCUUGCUGACACUUGUGGCUCUUGGCUCAGGGGCUGAAGCUAAUGGAUCUUAUGGCAUCUUGGAGAAGACACCAGCCCCGCAGAGCUGCACCCAGGUGAAGCUAAAACCUGCUGGCCAAUGUGGAGAUGAAGAUGAAUGCCCUUUCCAGAUCACCAUUCCUCCUCUUACCAUUGACCUGCCUAAGCAGUUCCGGCUGCUGGAGAAGACCAUGAAAGAGCUACAGAGUUUAAAGGAGACUGUGAGGCAGCUGAAAAGUGCAUGCUUAGGAUGCAGCCUUCAAGGUGAUAGUGCAGAGGAUGGUAGAGGAGAUGGUGGUGCAAGAGCCCCCAAGAACGGCAGUUCAAACAAUGCCAUCCAAGAGAUGCAAGUGAAGAUGAGCAAGAUGUCUAACAGUCUGAAGAACGCUCGCACACAGAUUAAUCAGCUGCAGGGCAGACUGGAUGCACAUGACCAGCUCGCCAUGAAGGAAGUUGAGCACAUUGUGGACAAAAAAGUAGAAAACAUCACUGGAGUGAUUACUAAGCUUAGUAGCAGCUGCUCGACUGCGUGCCCUCUGGAACAGGGGCCAAUUCACAUACGAGCACCCGGAGACUGUUCAGACUACAGUGUCAUGGGCCAAAGGAAGAAUGGAGUCUAUAAGAUAACCCCUUCUCCAAAGAAUGGAACUUUUGAGGUUUUCUGUGACAUGGAGUCCAAUGCCGGUGGCUGGACUGUUGUGCAACGUAGAAUGGAUGGCAGCGUGAAUUUCAACCGCACCUGGGCUGAGUAUAAAAAGGGCUUUGGAGAUGUAAGUGGGGAGUUCUGGCUUGGAAAUGAUCACAUCCACUUGCUUACUCGGGCCAGGGACAUGAUGCUGCGCAUUGAGCUUGAGGACCUUGAUGGUGUGUGUGAAUAUGCAAAGUAUGAGCAGUUCUAUGUAGCCAAUGAAUUCCUCAAAUACCGCCUGUCCAUAAGUGGAUACUCUGGGACUGCUGGCAAUGCCCUGCUUAUCAAGGAUAACUACAACCAUGAUCAGAAGUCGUUUACCACAUGGGACAGAGACAAUGACUUUUACAUUCCAGGAAACUGUGGCUCUUACUACGGAUCUGGUUGGUGGUUUAAUGCCUGUAUGUCGGCCAACCUCAACGGCAAGUACUACCACAAGAAGUAUACAGGAAAGCGGGAUGGCAUCUACUGGGGCACAUGGCACAACAUUUCAAGGGAAAACUACCCAACCAGCCCCAGGCAAACUUUUAAAACCGUCAAGAUGAUGAUCAGGCCGAAAAACUACAACCCAUAGGCUGAUAAGCCCAGUAUUACAAGUGACUGUUUUUUCUAAUCUUAAAGCACCUUAUAUCUAGAUGUGAAGUGGUUCAGAACUUUACAAAAGACAUUUAUAGUUCAAAACAAUUCAAAAUACUGUGCAAACACAGAAGUACUUGUGAUGUGCUACUAGUCUAACAUACAAAGCGAAUAAAAUAUAACCUUUAUGUAAUUGUAAUGUAUUUUUUUUUCUGCAGCAUUUAUAAAGUGUUCACUAAGGCACCUAAGGCAGUAAACAUGAAAUAUUAAAGCCUGGAAAAUAUGUUGUUUUAUGUUUAAUGUACAUGGAGGAAAUACAUUAUUACAAAGCUGACUCUAAAAAUGUGCUGUAUGGAAAUUCUGUAGUGUUGGCGGCAUAAUUUGAUACCAAAUAUGUAUAUUAUUGAAAUAGAUUUAUUUUUAUGUUUCCAUAUAAA